CUGAAAAAGGCACAAAUUUCACUCUGGAAGUAGAUCUAAAAACUUAGUCACCUGUCUGCAGCUUCGGGAGAAACCUCCACACAAGUUCUCAAGUCUGAAACUGAAAUUGCAUGUCCUAAAACAGACAAAACAAUGGCCUCAGUCACUCCAUCCUUGGUUUCACUUCUCUUCUCUGCAAGAAUCUCAGGCCUCACUGUUGCAGCUUUGGUCCUCUCUUGGGCUCUCCUCUUCAAGUCUAGCUUCCUCCCCCACUCUUCUUCCCCACAAGAAGGGCUCAUAUAUGCU